AUGCCGCGAGGAAAGUCGAAGCAAAUCAACGGCCUACGACCUCCCCCGACGACGGCAAUUCCCAGCACCUUCACCGACACCCUCCCUCUACCCUCACUUAUAGUCUACGACCUGGAUUACACACUAUGGCCAUUUUGGGUGGACACGCACGUCUCAGGCCCCGUGAAACCUGCGUCACCGGCGGGGCAAUUCAAUACGUGCAUGCUCGACCGCUGGGGUGAGUCGUUCGCCUUCUACGACGACGUGCCUGGGAUCCUGGCUGGCGCGAAGGAGCGGGGCAUCAAGAUGUCUUUGGCCAGCCGAACUCACGCCCCAAACCUGGCGAGAGAUAUGCUGCGCGGCCUGCACGUGCCCAACUUGACCAAAUCCAACACUGCUGUCGGCGCCUACAGCGAGAACGGCAAGGACGACACCACCAACGCAGCGGCCAAACAAGAUCCAACCCGAUCACAGCCUCAAAAGGCCCUCUCAUUCUUCACCGCACCGCAGAUCUUCCCGGGCGACAAGACGACGCAUUUCCAACGGCUACACGCGCACUUCAGCAAAGCCGACCCCCCGAAUGCAAUCGCGUACGAAGACAUGAUAUUCUUCGAUGACGAGAUUCGGAAUCGCAACGUGGAAAACGAACUGGGCGUGACGUUCUGCCUGGUACGCGACGGCGUGACUAGGGACGAGGUCGACCGUGGGGUCUGGGAGUGGCGAAAACGGCGGGGGAUCUCCAAGGCAGACUUGCCGAAGAAUCAACUGAAGAGUCAAGGUGCCGGCUUCAUGGGCGAGGAGAUCGAUGAAGAUGGGCCCCCGGAGCUGGAAGGCUAA